UUGGAGGUAUUGAUACGUAUUAGGGGGAUAAGAGUAGGAUUUAGGUUAUGAAGUGGCUUUUAGGAAUUAUUGAUAUAGAAGAGAAAAAAGAAAGUUCGCCAAGAAAUAAUAAAGUGAAGAAAGAAGAAGUUGAAAAUCAAGGAAAUGAGAAUAUAAAUGAAGAAGAAAAAAAAAGAAAUAUAUGACAAAACGAAAAUAGAGGAAAGUGUAAAUGAAAUUCAAAAUAAAAUGGACAAUCAAGAGAUUCAUGAAGAAAACAAUACUUCUGAUUGAAGAGAUCAUAGCCAGAUUCAUCUACAAGAUAUUAGAAGAAUCAAAAUCCCCUCGACUUCUCUUCCUUUCCACCCAACCCCUCAGAGACCAAAAUCCCACUGUCAUUCCCAGCCAGCUCCAGCCCUACCACCGCACCUCCUCUUCAGUCCUAGAUCCGUCCCUCCUCUUAUCAGUCAUCGAGAGCCGAAUAGAACUGGGACUGCCGAACAGCUCAGUGCAGGACACUUUGGAGGAAGUGAAGAGCGUGAGAUAAGCUUGAGCCAGUGCAGGAGAAGAAAGAUGAAGAAGAAAGGAUUUAGAAGAAGAAAAGAGGUUUAAGA